AUGGAAGAGGACUUAGAAGUGUUUCAAGAACAAGCUCUCUCUAAAGCUUCUCCUUGUGAAGCUGAACUUCAGGAGUUAGUGCAUCAAAUUGACAUCAUGGUAAACAGAAAGCAAGUGGAAUGGGAAAGAAAGAUGAGAGUUUUAGGAGAAAAGAUGGAUAUCCAGGAUCAAGAAUUAGCAAGUGCCCAAAGCAAACUGGAUCAAAAAUGUCAAGAGGUCGGAAUGCUUCAACAGAAAUUGGAAGACUUAGAGAAAACUAAAUAUGAAAUGGCUCAGAGUUAUGAAACUCAGCUUCAAGCACUGAAAUCUCAAUUUUCAAAGUUGACACAUAGUUAUGAAAAGCUACAAUCACAUAAGUUAAAUCAAAAACAAGUUGAGAGUAGAGAAAAACAUGAGGAAAGCCUAGAGACACCAUCGGACCCAAGGAAUUUAUACAAGAAGCUGGAGGAAUUUAAAGGGAAAUCAGGAGAAUGGGAUAAGAAUGGGGCAAUCUGCAAAAAUUGUCCUGUCUGUCCAGAUGCUCGACAAAAAUUAUGGCCUGAGAAGUGUAAUUUAUUUCAGAGGCAGAUCCAGAAUUAUCAAUUCCAAAUAUGCAAUGAGAAACAAAACCAAGAAGAGGUAAUUACCUAUGCCCAGCCUGAAAGUGAAAAAGAUGAGCUGAUUAUUGAAAAGCUAAAGGUGACUGUGAAUGAAAUAGCAAGAAACAAGAAUAAACUGAAAGAAGAAAAUCUGAAACUCCGUGAGGAUCUAAAAAUGUACCAAACCCAGUGUCAGAAAAUGGAAGUUACUUUUUUGGAAAUGAGAAAUGAGCUGCAGUCACAGCAUAGUCUCUGGAGAAGGAUGCAACUGGAAUGCCAACAGUUGCAUACAGAAUUAUUGAAAAUCAAAGAGCAUAAAGAUAUGUGGAUAAGAGACCACGUUUAUCGAGAGGAGCAGUCCCAUCGCUCUGAGCAGGAAAGAAUGAAGACAGAAAUCUCUGACCUGACAGAAGAGCUUCAUCAGAAGGAGAUCACUAUAGCAACUAUCAUGGAGAAAGCUAGUCUUCUGGAAAGACAGUUAAAAAUGGAGUUAGAGAUAAAAGACAAAUUGUUAGCAAAACAACAGUUGUUGGAAUUCCGAUACAAAGUAAUCAAAUCUGAAAACACACAUCUAAAGGAGAUGGUGGAAAACCAGGAGUCUGAAAGUUGCACGAGUACAGAUUUAUGUAACAAAGAACAUGGAAAUUUCACAGCUUCUGGUCACAAAAUGAAACACGAGAAUUUAAGACUACAAAAUAGUCUUGUUAAACUACAAAAUGACACAGAAACAUUGACACUGGGUUGCAUGGAGGCAUAUGGAGAAAUAGAGCACAGCUACCAAACCCAUUCAAAGAUUCAGGAAAAGGAAGAGAGAACUUCCCGAAAUGAAGACGCAUGGGAAAUGGAAUGUCAACAGACUGCUGUGUUCACCGCCAGUGGCUACCACAGAAACUGUAGUCCUGCUUUAUAUGGCCAAGGCAAUAUCAUUGGUUCAAAAAGUGAUAGCACUUUAUCUUCUCAUCCACUGCACAGAGCUCAUGAAAAGAAAAGAGUUUAUAAAUAUCCAUCACCACCAGUGGAGUAUUCUUUGGGCUUUGGUGUGCCAUUUCCUGAAAUGGGUGGAACAGGCAGCUCACUGAGCCCUGCUUACAGUGCAGAAGAAAUAGAAUUAUCAUCUCCCCCUGAGAUCUCCCUCCUUGCAACAACAGAAAAGUUUCUUCAAGAAGAAGAGAAACAUACAAGAGAGUUUGAAGAACGUUUAAAUUCACACCUUGAGGAGCUGCAAAGAUAUUCAGAAAACACUCUAAAAAAAUAUGCCAGGGUACAGCAAAGCAGCUAUGCUUAA